GAAGAUGAAUCUGGAGGAAGGAGGUUACUCGUGGACAAGCUGCGUUGGCUCUGCUUUAUCAGCCAGUGGUUGCACUCGGCUGAUCUCUGGACCCACAGAUUGAGCAACAUCACAACAGACAGGCAGCCACAAAAUCAUUCAGAGACAAAGGCAGGAUAGAGGAAAGAGCCAAAGAAAAACCAAAAAGGAAAGAACAACAGGCUUGGCUUGCAAUUGCGUGACCAGGAAAAAGAGCAGUUGUAAAAUAGAGUUAAACAUUGAUAGAGGCUCUUUUGAGGAACAAUGGUGGAUAGAACUGUUUAUUUAAGGUUUUGGUUUAGAGUAUGAAAGAUUUGAGAGUACAAGGGGGUGGCGGGGGAUCAGAGGCAGGGGUCCGGUAGAGAGUAAUUGUGGUGACAGCCAGUGCAAGGGGACAAGGACUCAUGUGAGACACAGAGGAAUUAAAAGAUAAAAUACAGAAGGAAGGACCAGAGAGGGACUGACAGCAGCAAAACUGGAGUUCAAUAUGGGUGUUAAGAGCAAGGCUGCUGCAGCUAUCUUAGUCUUGCUACUGUUCCUCGGCUCCCUAUGGCUGCAGGGAGGUUUGGAUUACCACUGGGAUUCUUGUUUGAAAGGUUACAAUCAGGUGAACACACCUCCCAUCCCCCACUGUCAGCUUCACCAGCUGUCCAACAGCAGCGGGAUCGAUGGGGCCGAGGGCUCGCACCUCCUGGAGGGGUGCCCUGGUCAGAAGUUCCAGGUGUCACUGCUGCUCUCCCACCUGCUGGCUGCACAGGCCUACAACUCUGAUGUGCUGCUGAAACCAUAUCUGUCCAGCUGGGAUGAGCUUGUGAGGUUUAUGGAGGCUUUGGGCCCGAUGGUCGGCCUGAUAUCUAAAGAGAUAGAAACCAAGACUUCUAUUAUUCGCCAACUGGCCCUGUUGGCAGAAGAGAACCCUGAAGCAGAGCUUUCAGACAUACACUCAAUAAACUCAGAGGCUGGGACAGAGAAUACUUUGGAGGCUUCACAGCACACCAGUGCUUACCACUCUCUGCACUCUAUGAUCUCAACAGAGCUGAGCCGAGGUCUGGUGGACUUCCACCACCAGACAGACUCUGGAUGCCGAACUCUCCUGCGCCUGCACCGAGCUCUGCUUUGGCUGAAGCUCUUCCUGGAGAAGCUGGCUGAGACACCAGUGGCUGGCCGGCUCAGGAGCCCUUCAGAUCUGUGUCGUGAGGCCUACCAGAACACCCUGGCAAACCACCACACCUGGUUUGUCCGCAGGGCUGCCGAACUGGCCUUCAUUGCCUUGCCAGAGCGGAGUUUCUUCUAUAAGCUGAUAUGUGUCCAGAAUCAGGAGGAGCUGAGCAUAGUGCUGAACAGAGUGGUUCAAGCCAUUGGAGAAGUGUAUGACAGGACGCAGAAAGGUUUGGAAGAAAAUGGCAUGCUGGACUUGCCAUAGUAAAGGCGACUGGACGUAUCCCUACUGCUGUUUACCAUGUUUUUGCACUGUCCUCAUGGUUCAGGAGAACCUGGCUGCAGCAACAUGACGGACAACAAUCACAAAAGUCAUCCAGGAAGUCAUGUGACAACAUCUCGCCCUUUCAAAACAAGAGUAGAAUUUCACCCCACAAGCUUUAUUUAAAUAAUAUCUCAUCUUAAAUCUUUAAUCUUAAAUCUUUAGACAGGAUUUAAAGAAACAUCAAACAUUAAAAUAUGUUUAAACUAACAAAGUUGUUUUACAUCAACAUUCCUUUUUGUCAAAUGUAUUAUUUUUCCAGCGACCAUAGAACAUAUACUGAAGGCCUGUUGUACAAUUCCUAAAAUAUGUAUUGUUAUUACUCAGGUUUAAGUAACAGUAUUCCUGUUUACCAGGCUGAAGCUCUAAAUACAAAAGUAUGUACAUUUUCUGUAUAUGUGAUAGAGAUAAGUGAUUGUGAUACCACUCAUAUUAAUUUGCUGCUAUAACAGUCACCAAUACUCUGGUUUAAGUUUUAUUUAACAGACAUUUUAACAGACAUGAAGAUUCAAGGUUCCUGUCAUCCCUUUGAGCAUAUGUAUCAAUGUAUCACUAAAUGUAACAAAUACCGUGAAGAAGAGCAACUUCUGCCACACGUCGUCACAUGACUUCCUGUGUGCAGAAAAUUACCAUUGUGGUUGUCCUCCAUGUCCACCAUGUUGCCGCAGUCAAGUGCCUUUUCAUGGUAUCCUGUACAUCAAGUAUAAACAGGUCCUCAAGAAAAUGUGAAUGGACUUUAAGCUGAAAUGUACCAUAUUUCCCAAUUGCCAUAUUUUCCCACCAACCAAAGUGCUGCCAACAAUCAGUUAGAACUGAAGGCCGGUUUGCUUUCAGUCUGUAAACAUUCCUUAUCAAAUUUCAUGACAUACCUUUUUGCUGCAUUUUUAAGGCAGCUGAUGAUGCAUUUCAGCUGGCUAUAUACAGACUACUAAGUAUUAAAGUCACCUGUACAGUCUUACAAUCUAAAGCCAACCACCCUUACAAUGAUCUUGAGACUGUGUCACAGGGGUGUGGAUUUUGUAAUGGAGAGCAUCAGAUUGUAUGGUUUGAGUUUCCACUCUCACAAAAACGUGGAAUGUCUUUUUUUUUUGUUGGUCUUUUAGUUGAAAAAACAACCUUUUUUCUACAUUCUAAAUCUCUGUUGAAAAUGACACAUUUUAAUUGUAGUUAAUGCUUGGUGAUUCAGUAUGCUACCUCAAAACUGUCUUGGUCUUGAUACCUCUUAGCCUUAAAUUCUGGGACCAAUCUAUCCUGAUUAUGGACAAAAGAAAUCAGUAUAUGCUGAACAAAGAACAAUAUGGUGCUUCACUGUCACUGUGAUAUGAGUGUGGAGUAUUAAUUCCUCAGUGCUACAUGGUGAGUUUUUGCAUCAUGUUCAGAAUCAUUAAAAAUCUUUCAAAAUAAA